AAUAAACCAGAGACCCAAAACAACUAAAUCCAAACUGGCCUGACCUCUUUGGUAGGUAUAAUAUUCUUUUUAUCAAUUAUGCUAAUUUUGUCUUAUAUUAGGUGGCAGCUUUUGCGUGACAUAUGCUACAAUGCCAAAGGAACUUCUUUUUCGAAGGUGGUGGCUGCUCAGCUUACUCCUAAGACAGUAGCAUCAACUCCAGUCAGGAGAGAAACGGUUGCCAAAUUGAAGGUUGCAAUCAAUGGAUUUGGACGCAUUGGCAAGAACUUCCUUCAGUGCUGGUAUGGCCGGAAAGACUCACCCCUUGAUGUGGUUGUUGUUAAUGACAGCGGUGGUGUCAAGAAUGCUUCACAUUUGUUGAAAUACGAUUCAAUGCUUGGAACUUUCAAAGCAGAAGUCAAAAUUGUGGAUGAUACAACCAUUAGUGUUGACGGCAAGCCAAUUAAGGUUGUCUCUAACAGGGAUCCUCUCAAGCUUCCGUGGGCUGAUCUUGGCAUUGAUAUUGUCAUUGAGGGAACAGGAGUUUUUGUGGAUGGCCCUGGAGCUGGGAAGCACAUUCAAGAUGGUGUUAAGAAAGUUAUCAUCACUGCUCCAGCAAAAGGUGCAGACAUUCCAACUUAUGUUGUUGGAGUCAACGAAGGUGACUACUUUCACGAGGUCUCAAACAUCAUAAGUAAUGCCUCUUGCACCACAAAUUGUUUGGCCCCUUUUGUGAAAGUCAUGGAUGAAGAAUUGGGAAUUGUCAAGGGAACAAUGACAACCACCCAUUCAUCUACUGGAGAUCAAAAGGCUAAAUUGUUGCUUGUGAUUGUGCAGAGACUCUUGGAUGCUUCACACCGUGACUUGAGGAGAGCUAGGGCCGCAGCAUUGAACAUAGUGCCAACAAGUACCGGUGCAGCCAAGGCUGUCUCUCUUGUAUUACCGCAGCUGAAGGGCAAGCUCAAUGGUAUUGCACUCCGUGUACCAACACCAAAUGUUUCAGUGGUUGACCUUGUUGUGAAUGUUGAGAAGAAGGGGAUUACAGCUGAGGAUGUCAACGCUGCCUUUAGAAAAGUAGCUGAAGGGCCAUUGAAGGGCAUAUUGGCCGUCUGUGAUGUUCUUCUUGUGUCAGUGGAUUUCAGGUGCAGUGAUAUUUCUUCUACCAUUGACUCUUCACUAACCAUGGUAAUGGGAGACGACAUGGUUAAGGUGGUGGCCUGGUAUGACAAUGAAUGGGGAUACAGCCAAAGGGUCGUUGACUUGGCACAUCUCGUGGCAAGCAAGUGGCCUGGAAUGCCUGCUGCAGGAAGUGGUGAUCCCUUGGAGGAUUUCUGCAAAUCAAACCCUGCUGAUGAAGAAUGCAAAGUUUAUGAAGCUUAGAUCAUUCCAAUUUUCUUCUCAGGAUGAAUGCUGUAAUAACCAGGUUUUCACAGAUUCUUAUUUUAUAAUGACAGUUGAUUCAUCAUGAACAGAAUAAUCUUUUGAAAUAGCC